GGAAAGCAUUAACCAAUCCCUAUCUAUUCUCUGUUGAGUUCAUGCAUGAAAAAGGGUUCUAUAAAACCACAUUACAUUUGAGGCCUCAAUGGGAUUGUUUAUUCACAAGAGAAAUGAAGAGGUUUGUAGGGUUUUUGCAUCCCUCAAAGUCAAAGCCAUAUUUGGGAGUGGUUUUUGUGCAGCUUGGCUAUGCUGGAAUGACCAUUCUUGCUAAGACAGCUUUGGACAAAGGGAUGAGCCAAUAUGUUUUUGUGGCUUAUCGUCAAAUUGUUGCUACCAUUGUCUUUGUUCCUUUUGCUAUCAUCUUUGACAGUUUUGUAUGCAGGAAAGUGAGGACAAAAAUGACGUUUUCGUUGUUCUUCAAGAUUGUGAUGCUCGGUUUAUUAGAGCCGGUAGUGGAUCAGAACUUGUUCUAUGCUGGUAUGAAGCUCACAACAGCAACCUUUGCAGCUGCGUUGUGCAAUGUUCUUCCAGCUUUUGCGUUCCUCAUGGCUUGGGCUUGCAGGCUUGAGAAAGUGAACAUUUUGAAAAGGGGAAGCCAAGCAAAAAUCAUAGGAACCAUAGUGACAGUAGGAGGAGCCAUGAUUAUGACCUUCAUAACAGGACCCAUGUUGAAUCUGCCAUGGACAAAGCCCUACCAGCCCUCUGUUUCUUCUCCUUCAGCUGAUUCUACAAAUCACCAAAGCCCAAUAAAGGGCUCCCUCAUGAUUGCCAUUGGCUGCAUUAGCUGGUCAGCCUUCAUCAUUCUUCAAGCAAUUACAUUGAAAUGGUACCCAGCCGAGCUGUCGCUUACAGCAUUGAUAUGCUUGGUGGGCAGCAUUGGAGACACAGGGGUGGCUUUGGUGAUGGAGAGGGGGAGCCCUUCUGCUUGGGCUUUGCACUUAGACACACAGCUUCUGGCUGUGGUUUAUGGUGGAGUAAUGUGCUCAGGAAUAGCUUAUUACAUUCAAGGAGUGGUGAUGCAAACAAAAGGGCCUGUUUUUGUGAGCGCAUUCAAUCCUCUGAGCUUGAUUCUUGUAGCAAUCAUGAGCUCCUUCAUCUUGUGUGAGAUCAUGUUCCUGGGCAGGAUUAUUGGAGCAGUGGCCAUAAUGAUUGGGUUGUACAUGGUUUUGUGGGGCAAAGCCAAAGAUCAGGCUUCAGCUAAGAUGACAUGUUGUGAGCAGCAACAAAUGGGUGGAUCAAGUCAAGAGUUCGUGGGGAUUGAUGUUGGCAAAGAGGGAAGUAAUUGAUGAAGGCUGUUGGAUUUGUACGAGGUUUUGUUACAUUUCUGUCUUUUGUUGGAACCAAAAUGUAAGAUGGAAGGAAAAGCGUAAGGCUUUCUUGGCAAUGCAGGCUGCUGAUCUAGUUUAGCUUUUAAAAUAUUUACAAUAAAGGAAAUCUUACCCUCGAUUUCGAA